AUGGCGACUGACAGUACAUUUCCGGUUGAUGGUAUUUUGCCUAAAAAAGAAACUGGGGCUGACAGCUUUAUUUCUAAAUAUCCAGAUUAUGAUGGAGACGGUGUACUUAUUGCCAUUCUUGAUACAGGUGUUGAUCCUGGUGCGCCCGGUUUGCAGACCACACCCAAUGGUAAAAAUAAGAUAGUAGAUUUGAUUGAUGCUACAGGUUCUGGAGAUGUAGAUACAUCAACUGUUGUAGAGGCACAAGAUGGUGUGAUCACAGGAUUAACUGGUAGAAAAUUACAGGUACCAGAAUCUUGGAAUAAUCCAUCAGGUCGGUACCAUAUUGGUGUCAAGGUAUUAUUUGAACUCUAUCCUAAAGGAUUGAAAGAUCGUAUUACUAAAGAACGACGAGAAGCUUUAUGGGAUCCACAACAAAGAAGGGUUUUAGCUGAAACAACUAAACAGUUAGAAAAUUUUAACAAUAAAGUUGGUAAUUCGGAAUUGGUAAAUAAAGGUAUAAAAGAAGAUUUACAAGCUAAAGUUGAUAUAUUAAGUAAUUUAGAGAAGAAAUAUUCUGACUGUGGACCUGUAGUAGAUUGCAUUGUAUUUAAUGAUGGUGACACGUGGAGAGCCUGUAUUGAUACUAGUGAAAAUGGAGUACUACAGAGAUGUACAGUAUUAGCUAGUUACAGAGAAGAACAACAAUUUGCUAGAUUAAAUAAUGCAGAUAUGUUAAAUUAUAGUGUUAAUAUUCAUAAUGAUGGUAAUAUUCUAGAAAUCUGUGCUAAUAUUGGUUCUCAUGGAACUCAUGUAGCCUGUAUUACUGCUGGUUAUUUUCCUGACAAACCAGAAAGAAAUGGAAUAGCACCAGGAGCUCAGAUUGUUGGCAUUAAGAUUGGAGAUUCCAGGAUUGGUUCCAUGGAAACUGGAUCAGCUUUAGUCAGAGCUAUGAUCAAAGUAAUAGAGAUGAAAUGUGAUUUGAUCAAUUUUAGUUAUGGAGAGGGGGCACACUGGACCAAUGGAGGACGUGUGUGUAAAAUAUUGUCAGAGACAGUAACUAAACAUGGUGUUAUUUAUGUAGCUAGUGCAGGAAAUAAUGGCCCUGCUUUAUCUACUGUUGGUACACCAGGUGGCACAACACAUGCUAUAAUAGGUGUGGGUGCUCAUGUAUCACCUGCUAUGAUGGCUGCUGAAUAUUCUUUAAGAGAAAUGUUACCUUCCAUGCAUUACACAUGGUCUUCAAGAGGUCCCAGUCAUGAUGGAGCUCUAGGUGUUUGUAUCAGUGCACCAGGUGGAGCUAUAGCCUCUGUACCUAACUGGACACUACGUGGUUCUCAGCUGAUGAAUGGUACUAGUAUGAGUUCACCUAAUGCUUGUGGUUCAAUAGGUUUAAUAUUGUCAGCUUUAAAAGCCAAUAAUAUUCCGUAUUCACCACACAGUGUACGUAGAGCUCUAGAAAAUACUGGUAAACAUGUAGAGGGUGUUGAGGUGUUUGCUUUAGGUCAUGGCAUGUUACAGGUUGAAAAGGCGUAUGAAUAUCUGUGUAAACAUGCAAGAUGUAAUGAAGAUUAUCUAGAGUUUAUUGUACACUGUAAUGGAAGUAAGAAGGGUAUUUAUAUACGUGAACCUGGACUACAGGGUAGACCAAUUGAAAACACUGUUACAGUUGAACCUAAGUUUAUGGAAGAUAAAGCAGAGCAAAAGGAAAAGAUUGACCUGUGUUUACAGUUAAGAUUAAUCUGUUCUGAGAGUUGGGUCCACUGUCCACAACAUUUAGAAUUGAUGAAUACAGCUCGAUCUUUCUCUAUUAGUGUUAACCCUUGUGGCUUACCUAUUGGUGUUCAUUAUACAGAGGUACGUGGUUAUGACUGUCACUGUCCAGAUAAAGGUCCUGUUUUUAGAGUACCAAUAACAGUUAUAGUACCAGAGAGAGUACUAGAUGAGAAGAAUUACUUAGUUUCUUAUAAAAAUGUUAGUUUUAAACCUGGCCAAAUUCAACGACAUUUUAUUCAAGUUCCACUUGGUGCUACAUCAGCUGCCUUAAAGAUACAGUCUCAGGACAGUGAGAAGAAUUGUCGUAUGUUGUUACAUUGUAUGCAGAUCAGUCCUCAGAGUAUUUAUAAAAAACAUGAAUUUGAGAAGUUUGUUACUAUAACUGAUAAUGGUGAAACUGUUCAAGCUUUCUCUGUCUUGGUAAAAGUAACAUUAGAAGUAUGUAUAGCUAAAUGGUGGGCCAAUCUAGGCACAGUAUUACUUGAUUACUCUGUGAUAUUUUAUGGUAAUGGACUGGAUGUAGUGAAGCCAGUCAUGCAUGCUGCUGAUUCCAUCACACGAUAUAAUAUUAGAAAUUUCUUAAAACAUGAAGAAGCUCAACCUUCAGUGACUUUAAAAACAUUGGUACAACCUGUUAGACCUAUUGAAUCUAAAAUAGUAUGUUUAGAGGGUUCACGAGAUCGCCUACCAGACAACAGACAGAUUUACUCUAUAGAGUUAACAUAUAAUUUUAAUCAGGCUAAACAAGGGGAAGUUACUCCUGACUGCCCAUUCUUAUCUAAUUUAUUAUAUGAAUCAGAAUAUGAGAGUCAACUAUGGAUGUUAUAUGACUCCAAUAAACAGUUUAUAGCUGGUGGUGAUGCUUAUCCUAAUCAGUAUACUGUCAAACUGGAAAAAGGUGACUACACCAUUAAGUUUCAGAUACGACAUGAAAAGAAAGAGUCUCUGGAAAAACUGAAAGACUUGGUGCUUUUGCUACAUUCAAAACUAGCCUCUAAUUUAAACCUGGAUAUCUACAAUACAUGGCAAGGAGCAAUAAAUGGUGGAAAGAAAACUUCUACUAUGAACGUUCGAAAAGGAUCCAUCAAUCCCAUAUUUUUGACACCUCUACCAGAUGAUAACGUUUUUAUUUUAUUUUCUUCAGGGGUUUUUGAUAGUCAAUUUCAAUCCCUCAAUAUUUUCAAUUUUUGUUUCAGGUUACCUAAAGGUGUAUUAGCUGGUCAAUAUCUAUCAGGAACUAUAACUCUGUCUAAAGAUGAUGCUUAUAAAAAAGGAGUGACCUAUCCCUUUAAAUAUGUCCUGACAGAAAGUCCCAAGAAAUCCAAUAACAAGAAAAAAGAAAAGGAAAAAGAAAAAGAGAAGACAAAAGAAGAAGAAUAUAAUGAAGCUUAUUUAGAUCUUCAGUCAUCUUGGAUAGCCAAUAUAGAGAAUGGUUUAUAUGAAGAAGUUAUUGAUAAACAUCCUGACCAUAUACCACUAUAUUUAUCUAGAAUACAAGCUUUAGAAGCUAACAAGGAAGAGGUUAAUUAUAAAGAGAUUAUAGAGAUCUGUAAUAAAAUAAGAAGUAAACUGGAUGAAAACAGUAUCUUGCAGUAUAUGGGAAUUAAAACUGAUGCCAGCAGUGAUAGCUCAAGUGUAAAAACUGAUAUGGAAAAGAAGAAAGGUUAUCUAAUUGAUUGUGUAGUAAAACUAGGCAUAGCUCAAUGUGAGAUAUAUACCAAACAUUCAACAGGCACUACCUCAAGUUCUGUAGAUUCUAGCUCCUCAGAGGAUAUUAAACUAGAUGAUAUAACACAGACUUAUAAUAUUUUAUUAAAGUAUAUUGAUAUCAAUGACCAAAAGGUUAUACCAUUUACCAUUAAAUAUUACACCAUAUUAAAACAUUAUGGUCGAGUUAUUAAAUUAAUCAAUAAACAAAUAGAAGAUAAAGGUGGCAAUAAAGAACAAGAUAUAAAACUUAAAGAAUGUUAUGCUGAACUAGGCUGGGACCAUUGUAAAAUAUUAUCGGAUGACUGGAUUUUAGUUAAAUAUAUGCCUAAUUAUAGGCUGUUUUAA